AUGGCGAAACACGAAAAUGUUGAGCUCAUACCGGGCACAGAGAUCAUGGACGAAGAUGGGACCGCGAAGAAGACUCUUGUACCAAAGCCAUCUUCUGAUCCUCAGGAUCCGUUGAACUGGUCGACCAAGUGGAAGCUCACCGUCAUGGCAUCUCAAUGGCUCUUCACCUGGAUCUCCGUCACCGGCGCACUAUCAAUCGCACCAAUGUUCCCUCUUCUCGGCAAGGAGUUUCACCUCAACAACAAUCAAUUGUCCAUGCUGACCGGUAUCACCGUGAUCACGCUCGGCUUUGCCAACUUCAUUAUUGUACCGCUGAGUAAUAUCUUCGGAAGACGUGCUAUCAGCUUGGUCUUUUCGGUACUCAUUAUGUUGACCUGCAUUUGGCAGGCGCUGGCUACAUCGCAUCGAAGCUUGUUGGCCGCGAGAGCCAUGAAUGGGCUGGUUUGUGCGACCAGUGAGAGUAUCCCAGUGCAGAUGAUUGCGGAUGUAUUUUUCCUCCAUGAACGCGGACUGUGGACCGGCGUGUACUUUACUGGAUAUUUUCUUGGAGCAUUUCUUGGCCCGGUCAUGGCUGGAACUAUCGCUGCUCACCAUAGAUGGCAAUCCUUUUUCUGGCUCGAAACCGCCCUCUCUGGUGUCGCUAUCAUUCUCGUUGCCAUCGCCUUCCCAGAGACAAAGUACCACCGUAACCGCACUGCGCCCAAAUUGACUGCUCCCAUUCAAACCACCCAUCAAGACGGCAGUGGUACAGUAACCAGUGACGAUGAAGGCAAAUUGGAGAAGCAGAUGACCCAUGCCGCCCACCAUGACUCUGAGAGUACCUCACUCGAUGCACCCACGACCGUUCAAGGCCGCCCAUCCCGCUCCCAGUUUAUGCCCUUCCAGGCGCCAGAUCCACGCUGGAAGAUGUUCGUAGUGCGAGAUACCUGGACACCUAUCAAGGUCUUCUUCAAUCCCAUCAUCUUGUGGGCUGGCCUCAUGCUCGCCGGCCCCGCAGACCUUGUUCUCUUCUUCAACAUCACCGAGUCGCCCAUCCUCGCGGCCCCGCCUUACCUCUUCAGACCGGAUCAAGUCGGCUACACAAACUUCGCUUUUGUAGUCGGUGCACUCAUCGGUCUGGCGACUGCGGGCCCAUACUCGGACUGGGUCGCCGCCCGCGCUACACGCAAAAAUGGCGGCGUGCGUGAGGCUGAGAUGAGGCUGCCUGCGCUGUGGUUCUACAUGAUCAUCACGGUUCUAUCCCUUAUCCUUGGCGGAAUAGCAUACCAGCGCCAGUGGGCCUGGGGCCAUAUUGUCGUCUGGGGCUACGGCCUGGCUGGCUUGUCUGUUACAACCGUGCCUACUAUUAGUAUUGCCUACGCAAUCGACUGUUACAAGCCCAUCUCUGGCGAGAUUAUGGUCGUCGCAACCGUGUGUAAGAACUUCAUAGCUUUCUCGUACAGCUAUUGGGUGUUUGAUCUUGCGCAUGAGAGCAAGGACGGCUGGAUUACGCCAGCCAUGGUCAUUUUUGCUUGUACGGUUGGGCCUGCGCUAUUUGCGUUUCCCCUAUACUAUGGAUUGGGAAAGAGGAUCCGCAGAUGGACUAAAGCGAGUGAUGUGCAUCGCAUGGAGGAAAUGAUUUGACUAAGGGGAUGAAUGACUUUCACGUGUUUCGCUGUUUAGGACGGUAGAUUAUUACAAGUUGUAAAAGAUCAGCAACACGUUCAUAGCGAUAACGCAAUCAGUUCUCGAAUCUGCGGUAUCCUCAGGUUUCAGUUUUAAUUAAUUCUUACGAUGUGAGAUGCAAGGGCACGCCGAUGCUGUGGAUGGCGGGUCGCUCGGUAAUCGCUACGAAUUUAUGCGCUAAUGAUUGACGUCAUCAGAGAUUUUCAGAUGCAAAGCGCGCCGUGGUAUCAACCACAUCGGGACACAAUUUAGACUACUGUCGCAG